AUGGCUGCGAUGCGCCAAAUCCGAUCUACCCCUGCAGGGGCAAAUGCCAGCUACACCUGCUUACGUCGUCAAGCUUACGAGGAACUCCUAGGAGGUGACAGACGUUCGGCAGAACGCAUUCUGAAGCAGUGGAUCCGAGCAAGGGGUGAUGCAGCGGCAUCCUGCCUCUACCCUGAUGUGCUGGAAAGCCUCGAAGGCCUAUUAGCUUCUGGGGCCAUCAUUGGGGCGAUCACCAACGGUGCUAGCAACCCGCAGCAGAUCGCAAAGUUGGCUCCCUUCUUUUCUUUUUGUGCUUCCGGUGAAGAGGACGCCAUCUUCCCUCACCGGAAACCGUCUCCGGUCAUUUUCGAAGCGGCUGUUGCGAGAGCACGAGAUUUGGGCUGGAGUGGCAGCCUUCAGUCAUGGUGGCAUGUGGGCGACGAUCCAGCGACGGAUGUCAGCGCUGCUGCUCGCGUCGGCCUCCGGACCGUGCUGGUAAGUCGGCCUGGAAAAGCGGAGAAUCGCUUUUCGGUGACUUCCGCUGCAGAGCUUGCUGCGCGUGCUGCUGGAGCGGAUCGCAAGGCCGACCUGACAGUCUCCAGUUUGCAGGGGCUUGCAGAGAAGAUCGGCAAAGCAUCGAAAAAAGUCGGCCUCCACUUUGGGGCUUAG